UGCAGCCCUAUUCAUAAUUGCUAAGUCAUGGAAAAAGCCCAAGUGCCCAUCGAUCCAUGAAUGGAUUAAUAAAUUGUGGUAUAUAUACACCAUGGAAUACUAUGCAGCCUUAAAGAAAGAUGGAGACUUUAGCUCUUUCAUGUUUACAUGGCUGGAGCUGGAACAUAUUCUUCUUAGUAAAGUAUCUCAAGAAUGGAAGAAAAAGUAUCCAAUGUACUCAGCCCUACUAUGAAACUAAUUUAUGGCUUUCAUAUGAAAGCUAUAACCCAGUUAUAACCUAAGAAUAUGGGGAAGGGGGAGAGGGAGGGAAGGGAGAGGAUGGGCAGAGGGAGGGUGAUUGAUGGGAUCACACCUACAGUGCAUCUUACAAGGGUACUUGUGAAACUUAUUAAAUGUAGAAUAUAAAUGUCUUAACACAAUAACUAAGAAAAUGCCAGGAAGGUUAUGUUAAUCAGUGUGAUGAAAAUAUGUCAAAUGGUAUAUAAAACCAGUGUAUGGUACCCCAUGAUUGCAUUAAUGUACACAGCUAUGAUUUAAUAAUAAAAAAAGGAAAAAAAUGUUAAUUACUUUAAAAGUAUUCUGAAGUGCACAAGAUUUAAAGUCUCAAGCACAUGAUGCUCUUUUCCAUCCAGCCCACUACACCUAUUUCCAUAACAUGGUGCUGCAUCUUCUCAGGUAUGUCUAUGGGCUAUUCACCUUAUAAGGAAGGAAAAUGGAAAAACCACAACGGUUAGAUAUCAAGAUUUUCAAAUUAUAAAAGCCUAGAUAAAUAUAUGGAAAACUUCCUUGGAUCAUCUUUCCUAGAAAUUUGCCUCCCAUCCCUAUAUAGCCCUGAAAUGUAGUAAUAUCUUUUUUUUUUAUUGUUUGGGAUUCAUUGAGAGUACAAAUAAUUAGGUUACACUGAUUGCAUUUGUUAGGUAAAGUCACUCUUAUAAUUAUGUUCCGCUCCCACGUAGAAGUAUCUUAAAUUGCAAAGUGCCUUAAAAAAUUAUAUAUAUAUAUAUACAUAAAUGUCUCUCUCUAUAUAUAUAUACACAGACAUAUAUAUAUAGAGAGAAAGAGAGAUCUUCUCAAGUGCAAAAAUAAAAACAUCACUGCAAUUCUAUCACCCUAAUAUAAGUUUAUGUAUUUCUAUUUUAGUUUUUUGUGCGUACUUUGAAAACGCACUUUUUGUAUGUAGCGUUGCUGUCUUGCGUCCUCCUGUUUUCAUUCACCAUCAUAAUAUAAUCAUUCGUCCUCAGACUUACAUUUUUCAACCAUAUCUUAACGGCUACGUUAAAUUUCAUGGUGCGAUUGUUCAUUUUUCACUUCCUGCAGGACAGUGGAAUGUGCAUGUCUGUGCAGAACGUUUGGGCCACAAAACUUUUAAAAUAUAUACUCCAAAAAAUGUAAAGUCUCAAGCGCUCGACGCCUUCUCCCAGCCAGCCCACCUCGCCUAUUUCCUCACCGUCCUGGGCUGUUGGCGCCUCUGCGCUUUCACACGUCCAGGCGCUCUCGGCCCCUGUAGAGACGUCACGAGAGUGGCGUUGCUGGUUUCCCUGGUGACGGUUGCCGGGGUAACGCGUGCAGACGUCGGGAAGGGGUGCCAGCGCCGCGGCUGUCCUAGAAGGGAGGAGCUGAGAGACCAAAGGCAAGAUGGCAACAGAUGAAGGCUCACAGGACACUCUGCGGCUCCAGUUCAAGGCCAUGCAGGAGAUGCAGCACAAACGUUUACAGAAGCAGAUGGAGAAAAAAAAGGAAAAGGAACUGAGCCUCAGAAAUGAAGUUGAUGACCAAAAAGAGCCUUUGGAGGUCUCAGAUGGCCUCAGCCCUCUCCAGGCAGGGGAGCAAAACUCAAAAAACAGCUUUGAACAGAGGGUGCUUGAAGAUGAGAUUGAACAGCUUCGAGAUGAGCUCAGGGAAACAGUCGAUGAGAAUGGGAGAUUGUAUAAGCUGCUGAAGGAAAGGGACUUUGAAAUCAAACACCUCAAAAAGAAAAUAGAAGAGGACAGAUUUGCCUUCACAGGGACAGCUGGUAUGGCUGGUGAUAUGGUUGCCACCAAAAUUGUCGAGCUGUCAAAAAAGAACCGGGUGCUGAUGGCAGAGUCAGAGGGUACAAAAACCAGAAUGAAGCAGCUGACCAAUCGCAUCAAGGAGCUGGAGGGGGAACUGCAGACAGCUCUGGCCAGGCUGCCAGCCAAGGGGGCCACCAACACGGGAGCCAAGCCACCGAGAACCCAGAUGGGAGACAGAGCCUUGCUGGAGACCCCAGAGGUGAAGGCCUUGCAGGACAGGCUGGCAGCGACAAACCUGAAGAUGAGUGACCUCCGCAACCAGAUCCAGUCUGUGAAGCAGGAGCUGCGGAUGGCCCAGAAGGUUUUGGCCAGUGAGGUUGGGGAAGAGAUCAAUGUCCAGCAGCUCCUGUCCUCGCCAGGGACCUGGAGGGGUCGGGCUCAACAAAUUCUCGUUUUGCAGAGCAAGGUUCGAGAGCUUGAGAAGCAGUUGGGACAGACCCGGAGCCAGUCUGCAGGAACAGCCAGUGAUGAGUCUGUCCAGCCAGACCCAAGGAAGCUGUCAGCACAGGAGAAAAACCUGCUGAGGAUCCGCAGCCUGGAGAGGGAGAAACAGGAAGGCUGGGAGAAACUUGCCAGUGAGCGGGACGCCCUCCAGAGGGAGGUUGAAGAGCUAAAAAAGAAGUUUGAGGGCAUGAAGUCUCGUAACAAGGUGCUGUCGAGUGAGGUGAAGACGCUCAGGAGUCAGAUGGGGACCCUGGUGGAGAAGGGCAGACAUGACGACGAGCUCAUCGAUGCCCUCAUGGACCAACUGAAACAGCUACAAGAGAUUCUGAGCAGCCUGAGUCUGCAGGAGGAAAAGAUGCGGGCAUCCCAACACCACCUGGACCAGCAGCUCCACAGUGAGACUCAGCAGAGCAGCAGCCUCGUUGCCCAGCUUCAGGCCAUGGUGGCUGAGCGGGAGGCCAAGGUGCGGCAGCUGGAGUCAGAGAUUGGGCAACUCAGUGUGCAGUAUCUUAGGAAUAAAGGAAUGGGUGAGGGGCCCAUUGGUCCCGAGACCAGCCCUGCCAGUACCAAGAUCCUGGAGGAUCCCGGCCUGACCAAGUCCCCGGCCUCAGCAGGCAAUCACAUCGGCAGGCUUGGAUCUUCUCGCUCAGUGACCAACCUGGGCCAUAUGCUGGUGGAAUCUGCUCUCACGAGGCCUUCCUUGCCCAGUCCCCAUGGGAACUCACCCAGGUUCUUGGACUCCUCAGAACAAAAAGGCUGGCAGGCACAAGUGACAGAGAUCAAGGCCCUCUGGCAGGCUGCCGAGGUGGAACGUGACCGGCUCACAGAGUUUGUCACUGUCCUGCAGAAACGGGCGGAGGAGAGCAACAGCAAGCUCCUGGAGGCAGGGAGGAAGCUGCAGGAGGAGCGGCACCGCACCGUGCUGUUGGAGCAACAUUUGGAGAAGAUGCGCCUGGAGCCAGGGAGGGCACCGGCCUUGCAGAGAGCAGCCUCCAGGAACAAAGCAGGUCUGCCUGCCUCUAACAGCAGGCACAACCCGACUGGGAGUGAGAAGAAGGACCCAACCUUUGCCCAGCUCUCUGAUGUGCCUAUGGAAUCCCAAAUGGAGGAGCUGACCACCAGGCUAGCCAUCCAGGCAGAAGAGAAUGAAAUGCUAAAGGCUGCCCUGGACACUGCCCUGCGGGGAAAGGAGGAGGACUUCCGGAUGUACCAUGAGACCCUGGGCCAGGUGAAAGGGGUCUUCCUGCAGGCCCUGCGGCAGCAGAAGGCAGACAAGUAAUAGGAUGGCAGCCCACUGUCAGCCCAGCUGGUGGGGCAGCCUCAGAUCUUGAGAAGACGAGGCUCUGUCUGCACACUCCAUCUGCUCCAGGAAGCCAGCCCACGCAGCCAGCCAGCCUCUUCUGCUCCUUGAGAAGGACCAAACGCAACGUCUCAGGCCAGGAGGGCAGAGAAGAAGCCUCAGUGGAGCACUGCAGGACUCCAGGGCAGGCUUGGCUACAGCAGGGGUGGAGGCCUAGCAGCCCAUCAACGAGAGCUCUGGGGCAGCAAAGCAGCUGUGAGCGGACAGAUAUGGUCCCUCGGGCAGGUGUUCAAUGCCCUUGUCCUGGGACCUAGCUUGGGCCCCCUUAGACCCACAUGGCACACAGGAGAGCCCUCAAUGCACCAGGCUGUACACAUUCCCCCACGCCCCACCCUGCCCCCUGGCCAGAGCAUCGUCCUCACCCCCACCCUAGCUCCAUCUGUGAUCAUCCCCACCCUCCACACUUGGGACACCAUGCUUUCAGCCACUGUGUCAGCCUGCUCCUUGGGGUUCUUCCUCAGAUGCAGACCCUCGUACUUGUAAUAAUAAUUAUUAUUUUCAUAGUCACCACAGCUCCCAGUGACUGAGCAUCUCCCCUGACCCAUCUGGCCUGCUAAUCACCCAAACUGCACCCUAUUUUACAGAAGAAACUGAGGCUCACAGAAAGAAACUGAGCUAGUAUUUGACUCUGACUAAUUACAAAACCAGGGUCUUGUAGUUGAGCAGAUUCCCCAGGGCUGGACAACUCUGCUCCCAGCCAACUGCUCCAAGAGGCACCUGUACCUGCUCCCAAGGCUGCAGCUGGUGGGUGCUGGUGGCAGAAGGCAGAGGUGGGGGCUCUGAGGCAGCAGGUCUAGGUGAAGGUAUAGCACACUGCCCUCACUGUAGUGAGCUUGGCAAGGUACUGCAGGUGGAACCCAGGAUCUGCAUGCCUGUCUUGACUGUCACAGUGUCACCCCUCUCAGCUGCAGGUAUAGCGAUAGAGAAGGGUGGACUCAAGGAGGGUCACCCAUAACCACACCCCCAAACCCCAGACAUCCUGGCUAUACAUGCACCCACAGGUCCACACAGAGCUGCAGAUGCACACAGCACCUAGACUCAGGAACAUGCUGCUAUGCACACGCGCUCACAGGCACCUCCACACAUGCGCAUGUGUGCACACUGAUACACAGGAGAAUGCACACAUAGACACACAUUCCCACGUGAAAAAGCAGUCACUUGUGUGUGGCUUGUGCAGUGAAACACAGAUGCAGGUGCACAUAGUUUGAUAACACCCCCUCCCCCAGGAAAAACCACUUGGGGCUCCUGGGGCCCUGUCUACUCAGGCCCUUCCUCUGGGACGUGGCUAUGGAGGACCGGUGCUGGCCCCCACCCCCAGGUUUUACUCAGGGAGCCCCCAACCCUGCAUGGAGUCACACAGGUCUGGUGAGCCCACAGCAAGGUGGAGUGAAAGCCGUCAGGAUGAAGUGGUGGUUCUGAUGGGGUCCUAAGGGUCUCUGGGAAGCAGGAGUUUUUCCCUGGCUCCUUGUGAGGGGAAAUGGCCAGGCAGAGCACCAGGAGUGAGAGGACCUGUGCCAGGAGGGGACAGUGUGUGACAGCAUAGAGUAGGCCAAACACAGAGUCUGAAAUGUAGUCAGCACCUUUCUUGUAGACACUGAGGAGCCCCAGAGGGUGGUCUGAGUGAGGGGAGCAGGCUGUGGCCCUCAGGAGAGUUUCUGAGUGUCAGAAGCAGGCAUAGGAUUUGCCAUCCUUAGGCCACCUCAGGGAAGUGCGAGGGUGGCGUGACCACACCCUCACCUCUCAAGGGUGGUUCUGCUGCCCUUCCUGGCUCAGGGAAGGGUCUGAGAGAGGAGAGAGUGUCAGGUCACGGAGUCUGAAAUCUGUCUGGAGGCAGGUAUCUUUCCCCACUUGUCAACUUUGUGGCCUUGGGCAAAUUACUUAACCUCCCUGAGCCUCCACAUUCUCAGCUACGAAAUGGGGACAAUAAUGGAAGCCUUGCUAAGAGGGCUGGUACAGGUGUCACAGAAUAACCCAAAGACAUUAAGCUAAUUAUUAGCUCACUGCUUAUUUUUGUACAAGGAACAUGACCAUGUAUCCAUAGAUUGAUUUUAUCCCACAAUGAUAAAAACAAGAUUUAUAUCCUCGAGAGGGGAGAGAAAAACAAUGAGCACGGUGAGUCUUGUUUGCAGGUUUUUGAGUAAACUGAGUGGCUGGCAUCUUGCUUCAGCUGACUAUGGGUAUUAAGAUGAGUGUUUCAAUUUACAGAUUCCACAGGCAACCUUGACAGCUUUGCUGUACAGCUGUGAACCAGGGGUUGUCCCUGUCACAUCUGCUGGCCCCUACCACUAGCACUCCCUGCUUGGUUAGACCAGGUCUGUUCCAUUCCCUCAUUAGAAUACUAUUUCACUGGGUUCAAAAGUGUCAACUGCUUAGAACUGGUGGCACACAGUAGGUGCUCAAUAAAUGUUAGC